UACGCUGUCGCAAUGCUGCACUUCCCUGAAGAAAUUGCGUGAACUUCGUCAAAUUAGCGGAAAUUAUUUAAUUAAUCGCGCAGAUAAAGCUAAGAUUUUUAUGACGACCAUGUAAAAUAUAUGCCGAUUGUGUUAGUCUAGUGGAAUUCCAUGAUCCAUAUUUAAAAUGAGCGAUAGUAAAAUUCGAGUUAGGCUACCUAAUUAUACGCCUGCUGAAGAACACUUUUUGCUUACCUUGGUAAAGCAGAAAUCAAAUGUAGUUGAAUCUAACUUAUCGGACUCAUUUACCUGGGUGACAAAGCGCAAGGCAUGGGAUGAAAUAGAUUUGGAGUUCACCAGGAAGUUUGGCUUGAGAAGAGGCGCAAAAAAUCUGAGAGAAAAAUAUGUGGUUUUGAAACGUGAUCAAAAGCAAUUGGAACGAAAGAAACAUUUGGAUAGGGUAGCCGAAAUAUUAGGCUUGGCAACGGACAGCAAAACAAGUGCUGAUAGUAAUGCUAUAAAUACAUAUGGUACGGAAACUGAAGCAGCUAAAAAUGGUAUCAUAGAGGAUGAACGGCUGCAAGAUACUGAAUCUAGAGAUACUGAGCACCCUAACCAAUGGUUUUACUCGAGUUCAGAAAAGUCAAUACCAAAUGAAAACGUGAUAUCAUAUUCUCCAAGUUAUUUCAGGACAAAUAAAGAGUCCUCGACUAACACAGAGCGCUUAUUUUGGGAAAAUGAGGAACUGCGAGCUGCAGAAAAGCACAGAUGGGAUGCAGAGAGACAUAAACAUGAUGUUGAGAGGCAUCAAUGGGAAUUGGAGAAGCAUAAAUGGAAAUUAAAAGAACACAAAUUAAAGGAACAGAUUUUAGAGCAGGAAUUAAAGAGUAUGUCACUCCGAGCCAGCUCGAGAACCACUGCUGGCGAUACUAUUACACCUGCGGAAAAAGAUGAUCUUCCAAAAAAUUUGCAACCCUCACAAGAAGAUGUCGAAAAGACAGACAGCAGCCUUUUACUGCUGCGCUCUCCUUCAACGCUAUUGCCUCAAAUAAAAAAGGAGCCCACACUUGAAAUUACUGAUAUACCAGCCACUACCUUCAACGAAAUUCGUACACUGACCAAUGCAACAAACAUGCGUAAAAGAUUAGGCAGUGUGAGCGCAGAUGAACAUUGCGCCAUUAAAAAAUUAAAAUCUACACAACAGGUGACCAGCGAAGAGCAUAUUCAAUUGGAGGAAAGGGUAUUAAACAACGACACGCUUGAUAUGAAUAGCACCGAUGGCAGCUACUAUGACUUGUCACAUUUGGUUAAUGGAGAAUUCGAUUCGGAUAUUGGACACAAUGAAGAUGAAGAUGGAGAUGAUGAAGCCUACCAUGCUUUAAAUGUAGAAACGGGAAAGGCACAAGAUGAGAACGAAUUUUUACAACUUUUGACUAAAUAUAAACUACGACAUCAUUUUUUUAAAUUGGAAGAGCUGAAUAUUGGUUUGGAUUGCUUAAAAUCUAUAAGUGAUAUGGAUAUAAAGGAUAUAUUUGGAUUUGAUAUCGGUGCACGUAUACGCUUUCGUGGCUUAGUGGAAGAAUGGCGCGCUGCUAAUACGAAUUCCAACACAACUUCCGGUUGUCAAAUGGGGUUGGAUGAGACUGUCACUAAACGAGAUAUUGCCGACUCAAAGAAUUGAUAAGAGAUACACACAAUUCCCUUCUCAAAGCACAACAAAAAACGCAAAUUUUUCUUAAAAAAGUGACAGAUGAAGACCUAAAAUCCGUUCCAGCAGCAACCGCAAGCCAAACUCAUUGUCAAAUUGGUCAAAAUUUUGUCACAAAUUCUAAGCGCAAGGAAGUACUGCCGAAAAACCCAUACCAAACGGUUUCGGAUUUUAAAACAUUCGAAGAAUUAC